CUUUUUUUCAGGUUAGAAGAAAAAAAACCGGCCAAUCACUUUGCGCCUCGCUCACAGCCUUGACAAACCCCCGUGCACAGUGCUAGGCUGUAGGGCUGUAGCACUUUGUUUCGAAAGAAAGGGACUAGGGGAGGGAUAGAGAGGCAGAGAGACGAAGUAAGAAAGGGAGGGGGCAACCUAGCAAAGGACAGAAUUGAAGAAGAUAAAGAAAGAGGGAAAGGAAGGAAAUCUCGUAAUGUCUCUUGUCUUGUUUUCUAUUUAGUGAACUCGAGGCGUUUCACAGAUAAUGCCAGAGAAUGUCCAUUUCUGGGACUUUGAGCAACUAUUACGUGGACUCCAUCAUAAGUCACGAUAGCGAUGAACUGUCAUCCCAGACUCGCUUUCCUAGCGCCCAAUAUUCCGGCUCGAGCUCCGCUGCGUCCGCGAGUGGGAGGCUGCCGGGUGGCGCUGCUGGGCACACGGAGCAUCCCCAUCCCGAUUCCUAUCCGUCCUGCAGUUUCCAGCCCAAGCCUCCAGUCUUCUCGUCAUCCUGGAGCCCGUUUAAUCCGCACCACGGUGCCAGUGGCCUCCCCGCUGUCUACCAUCCCUACAUCCCCGCGCAGCACGUGCCCGCCGCGGACACACGGUACAUACGUUCAUGGCUGGACUGUGCGCCGCGGAGCUCUGAGUCUGGUCCGGUACAGGGCCAAACGGGUCAGGUCAAGCUGGAGCCUCAGCUUGGCCAUCUCGGUGGGGAGAUCGCAUCCAAAAUCAUGGGACAGCAUCAGCACGAGCCCACCACAUACAUCUUGGAGUCAACGUCCACGGCAGCGCGCGAGCUUAGCCACCAUUCGGCCGCCAUCCAGGCAACAGGGUUCGAAGAAAACAAGGACAUUUGUGAAGGGAAUGAGGACAAAGACGGCCUGGAUCAAAAUGACCCAUCGGCCAAUUGGCUUCAUGCACGUUCCUCCAGAAAGAAACGUUGUCCGUACACCAAAUACCAGACGCUAGAGCUAGAAAAGGAGUUCCUGUUCAACAUGUACCUCACGCGCGAUCGGCGACAUGAGGUGGCGCGCGCACUCAAUCUGACAGAGCGGCAGGUGAAGAUCUGGUUCCAGAACCGGAGGAUGAAAAUGAAGAAACAAAACAAGGACCAAUCCAAGGACUAGCAGGACAUAAACACUCAGACACGCAUGCACGCACACAUCUCACAUAUCCAAGAACUGCAAAAAUGUACAUGCAUAUCUACUGCUUCAAUUUCUUUUAACAUUCCGAGUGAGCCAAACGUGAUGUCAGUCUCUAAGUAUGAUCCCUAACAAGCGCAUAUGACGCCGCAGCUGAAGUAUUAGGAACAUCUGAUUUUCAGAGUUGGAAGUUUCCUGGAACUUCUGGAUGAUUUUCUAUUAGGCGAUUACGAUAGUAAAAAUUUGAGUUUGUUUCGGAGGUCAAUCUUUCAAAGCACUCAGACUGACUCAAUCUAAACCUUCCGAUCAGACUAAUAGAUUGAUGAAUUCAUAGAUUUUGUUGCCAUUACUUUCUACCGAGUUCUUAUUAAGCUAACAAUCAUUAUACAGUAAUGCAAUCUGAUAUCGGAUUAAAUUCUUCAAGAUAAAAUGUGCAGAAAGCUGAUUGAUUGUUUAUUGACACCAGAGGUGUGUGUUGAAGUGCUGAAAAUGGGAUUUCACCCGGUCAUUAACAAGCACGAAAAGCACGCACAGCUCGCACAAAAGCGCGUUGCUGUUCAUUUGUAUUUGUACUCCCUCAACCCCACCCACUCUUUUUUUUUUCUGGCAGGAUUUGAUUACAUAGCGCCUGAUAGUCGAAGCUGAUACAAGCAGCCAAUAGCCGUUUGUUUUCCGGUUGUCUGCCCAUCGGGUCUGUCUAUCCCUGGGAUCUCGGCAUUCGGCUUGCUUUUCGGGUGGCUCAUGCGCUGCAGCGGCGACUGAUCUGUAGCUUGAAGUCACAAGAGUUUAGAGUUAGUCAAGAAGAGGACUCACGACAGUUAUUAUUUAUUUAUUAAACCAACCCUUUCCAUCAAAUUAAACUUCUAACAAUUACAUUUUAAAUGUCACAGAAACACGUUUGCUCCCGCAUUUCCAAACAAUAUUCAUAAGCGUCAUAAACACUUUUUAAUCGGACUAGUCACUACGAAUUCAGCAAGGGUGAUACUUCAGCAGAGAACUACUCCUUCCAGUCUUUAGCACUCACAAAUCUGUGCAUGCAGCACAGAUUUGUGCUGCAUUUGUGCUGAAUUCGUAGUGACUAGUCCGAUUAAAAAGUGUUUAUGACGCUUAUGAAUAUUGUUUGGAAAUCUGUGCAUGCAGCACAGAUUUCUCAGUCUUUUUUUCCAAGUUGCUUCUGAUCGUUGGAUUCUUAAAAAAAGUCCUAUCUAUUUUUUAUGGAUUGUCGUGUAUCAACUGCUAUGCAAGGCAUUCUCUCUUAUGAAACGAAUUAUGUUGAAUGCGUGCGCAACACUGGUUUCUAUUUACGACCAGAAUCUUGCUGCAAUAAAAAUAAAUAAAUAAAGCUGAAAAUAAAUACAUGUCUGCAGGUCCCAUUACAAGUUUAAGUCUAGAGAAACAGACAGAAAGUUAAAAAAAAAAGUCUUAGGUUAGUGUGCAGAUUUUAUAUCUUCGAGUAUUUUCUUCAUUUUAUGCAGAAUUUUAUUGAUUGGGAUGUUAAAACAUAAGUAGGCCGCGUUGAAGAGCCGGACUGCGUUUUUGUAGUGUCGGCAUACUUAAAUGGCGUCCCGUAGCAGUUUUAUGGAUGGGAAAUAAACAUCGCGCACGCGCGCGCGUGUGUGUGUGUGUGUGUGUGAGAGAGAGAGAGAGAGAGAGAGAGAGAGAGAGAGAGAGAGAAAGAGUUUGAGUGUGAACCAAGAUACAUAUACAAUACAUGUACACCUUUUUGCAAAAAAUUAUAACGGGUUUAUAUGGCCAGAUUUUUUUAACAAGAAGAGAAAUCUGCUGUUUCUCCGAAGCGUCAACAAAUCCUCUAUUCACAAAAAAUGUUUACAUGGUUUGCGCAUGCCUCAAAGACUUCAUUUCGUCGUACAUUGUUUUGUGCGUUAAAUCUGUCAGAGGGGAUGCUAACAGGAAAAAGAACUAAAGAGAAGUUUCUUGAUAUGAAAUAUUUCUUAUUUAUUGUAUAUGAAGUGAGUAACCUUGUCUGAUUGGAAUAUGUUGAGCGAGUUGUCCUUUCGGGAAAUGGCAUUUUACUGUAAUAUAGAUGACUGUUCGUUUUGUCUGCCAUGUUCUGUAGAUUCUAUUUUCCAUGUUGUUGUACCUACUGUCUAAAACAUGUUCUGAUGUCAGUCCGGUGAACCUCUUGUGUCAUUGAAUUUUUCUUUUUUUUUUUCUGUUAUGGUGAACAAUAACACUCUGAUGAUGUAUUGGGGCAGAGAUUCAAUAGUAUUACAAUUAUCUGCCCUUACUCUGACUUCCACUGUUUACUCUCCUGACUAAGGAACAACCUUUUCUGGAGGUCGCAGUUCCAGAAGUCAUUCUUAUAGAACCACAGGGCUUAACUCCAUAUUAAGCCAUGUGUUUUCAAGACAAAAUCAAGCCACGUGAUCUCAAGAGGUGUAGAGGUGUAGCAAACAUGAAAGGAGGACGCAUACACGCAAACAAACAGGAACCGGAUAAGAACAUAAUGAAGGGACAUAGCACCUCCACACUCCAGUGGACCUGAACACCACGUGUGUGUAAUACAAGGUGCUGAAGCUCAGUGCACACAAAAUCCUCUUCAUAGCUCGUCACCUAGGAGACCACAUGGCUUAACUUUAUAUUAAGACAUGUUUCUUUAAGACAAAAUUAAGCCACGUCAUCACAGAGGUGUAGAGGUGGAGCAAGGAUGAAAGAGGUCACACACACACUCACACAAACACACACACACAGACACACACGACUUUUUUUCCCCCAAAAAAAUGUAUGCACACACUCUGACUCCUUAAAGACUCUUUAAAGCCCUGGUUCUUUUUAGCUUGGUUUGUUGUCUCUUGUUUCUUUAUGCGAUUGCAUUGCUGAUGCUGGACUAAUAUUAAAGAAGAUACUUUAUAUUAAGAACAUAUUUAGUUUUAUUACCAUGUUGGUAUAUAGGCUUAUGUAUUUAAAUGUGAGGAGGUUCAGAGUUAGCAGUUUGUGAUGGAAAAGACGAAAGACAAAGAGACUGACUGAUGAAAGCAGAUGAAACAGCAUGUGUUUAAAAUAUGUGUCUCUUCAGUUCUACACUGCAGCUGAAAGAAGAGGGGCGUCUGUUUGGCUGCAACACCAAAAGCCUGUAAUAAACCCCCCGACACACACACACACACACACACACACACAGAUGAUGAGUGCAUUCAUUAGAUAGAGGCGUCUCAUCCGUCCAUUAGGGGCUUGUGAAGCCGCUGUGGUUCCUGUGUUUGUCUCUGCUGCACCAAAUGAUUCCUACAGACACAAAGUCUGAUUAUACAUGCAGAGUCUCUAUUUCCUUUCUUAUUUAUCACACAUACAAUUAUCAUAGCUGAAACUGUAGAAAUAGUUAAAGUUGCCAUGGUUAUCCUGUUAAUGCAGAAAGUUACAAAAUAGUAACAUGAAGCUCACGAGUGCCUAGAAUACUUUGGUUUACUAAUACUAGUACUAAUAUAAAUUUAAUUUCUCCUUGUGUAAUUUGGUAUUAGUGUAGCAAAGAGUUAUUUAAAAAAAUGUAAAUUAUAUAUUUAAAAAUUGAUAUCCAGCUGUUGGGAAGUGUGUUUACAGUUGGGUUUGGGCAAGACUUUAUAAAUAUUACUAUUUGGGGCUCAGUCUCGUGAAAUCAUGCUAAAUAUUUUGGUCCUUUUUCCCCAGCACAGAUCUGGCCUACCCUCAAACCCCACCACUUUUUUUUCAAACAAAAAAAAAGAAGAAAAAACGAAGAAACAAUAGGUCGGGUGUUGAAUCCUGGCAAGAGGAUGCAUCCAGUAAAGGGUCACCAGGCUAUCCCCCCAUGCUUACCUUAGAACAUGAAAGAGAUACAUAACUAGAGUCAUACUUACCCAGAUGUCACCAGGCUUAAUAUCAUCUGUGUCACGUAUUAUCAGGAAAUACCAAUGAGAAGUAGGCUACUGGGGAAAAAAAACAAACAAACAAACAAAAAAAAACCAUACACAUUGCUAUACUAGCCAUCCCAGCGAGCAAGGCCGGUGGGAUCUAUGGAUAAGUAGAAAGCUAUCAUUCUCCCUGACCAA